AGGCCCCGCGAGAGGCCGGGGCCCGCUCUGCGCAGCCGCGCCGGCGCACUGACCUGGCAGGACCGCCCGCGUAUCCCAUAAGCCCCCGCGCGCGGCGCCACCUCCCUCUCUCGGCGGGGCCUGCGGCGGGAGGCGCCAUCCCGCACCCGGCACCAUGCCUGCCCUCAGACCUCUCGUGAAACCUAAAAUCGUCAAGAAGAGGACCAAGAAGUUCAUCCGCCAUCAGUCCGAUCGCUAUGUCAAGAUCAAGCGCAACUGGCGUAAACCGAGAGGUAUUGAUAACAGAGUUCGCCGGCGGUUCAAGGGUCAGAUCCUGAUGCCCAACAUUGGCUAUGGCAGCAAUAAGAAGACAAAGCACAUGCUGCCCACGGGGUUCAGGAAGUUCCUGGUCCACAACGUCAAGGAGCUGGAGGUGCUCAUGAUGAGCAACAAGUCGUACUGCGCAGAGAUUGCUCACAACGUGUCUUCCAAGAACCGGAAGGUAAUCGUGGAGAGAGCUGCUCAGCUCGCCAUCAAGAUCACCAAUCCUAACGCCAGACUGCGCAGCGAGGAGAAUGAAUAAACCGGUUUCUGCAUCUGAGAUGUAUUUAAUAAUAAAGUGUAAAAGCAAA